AUGAGCGACAACGAAAUUGCAGACAAACACGGCAAUAUUAUCCAUCAAGGCGAUUAUGUCGCUACCAGAAUUCGCGGCGGAACGCACGAAGGAAAUGUGGAAGAAAUUAUCACAGACCAGCAACGAGCGGAUGAACUAAACGUGAGAAACCCACCGAAGGUUCGCUUCGAGAACAAGAACGGUAAAAUGGUGGCACAUAAUCCUGGCACAUUGGAGAUCGAGAACGACAAAACCGAAUGA